AUAAUGACAAAUGAAAUAUAACUGAAGAAAUGAAAAAUUACUAAAAAUAUAUAUGUUCUACUAGUAGCGGUACAGCCUAGACUGUGAUGCCUUGCCCGUGAAUGUUUUCAAACAGAGGAAAAACAUUUCUUCCGGUAAUGACGCACCACUUCCGGAUUAACGAAGCAAUAUGGCGGCGCCCAUAGCGCUACAUCUGGAGUUUGGGGGCGGAGCAGAGCUACUGUUUGAUGGGGUCAAGGAUCAUCAUGUGACUUUGCCCAGCCAAUCGGAGCCCUGGGACAUGAAGCAGCUGCUGGUGUGGAUCCAGAGGAACAUGCUGAAGGAACGGCCCGAGCUCUUUGUGCAGGGGGACACCGUGAGGCCAGGAAUAUUGGUGCUCAUCAACGAUGCAGAUUGGGAGCUGAUGGUGAGUGGGGUGAGCUGGAGUACCAGCUUCAGGACCAAGAUAAUGUGGUCUUCAUCUCUACUCUGCAUGGGGGUUAACCGCCGUCCCCAUAAAAAAACAGAGUGUGGACACUAAGAGAGAACCCCCCCCCCUCAACCUCCACCCCCGCCCAGCCCCUUCACCGCUCUCAGUCAGCCUUGUGUAGUUCAUCAAGUCCUGGGCGCGACGCCCCCAUGGAUCCCCUUAAUUUCUCCACCAAUGCUACACAGGAACACUGAAAUGUUCUGAUGGUUGUGUCACCCUGACUCGUGACCUUCAACACGGGGGCUGUGGGGUGUAUGUUCGUGGUGUGUGUGUGUGUGUGUGUGUGUGUGUGUGUGUGUUUGUGUGUGUGUGUGAGGGGGGGGAGGAUACCCUUUGGAGACACAGAUGCUUGACCAGCGUCCUAUCAGGCCUGGACACCUGAGUCCAGUGUGUUGAUGUGAUUGUGGUCGGUCGGUCUGUCUAGACAGUGUGCAAAUGGACCUCUGAGAGACAUACAGAGGUCAAUCUUUAAGACCAUGGUCGUUGGGCUAAAUUUGCCUCAGUCUUAUUUUAUAUUGUUGUACAUGUCAUUAAUCAAUAAAAGUCAUCUGUUUAAACAA